AUGACCAAGAUAGGCGUCUUCCCCGCCUCCGGGGCCCUGGGAACAAGCAUUAUCAACCAUCUCCUCAAACAAGUUCCAGCUUCCGAACUCAUCCUCAUCGCUCGACACCCCGAGAAACUGGCCCAUCUGUCCCGCGCCGGCGCAACGACUCGACAUGCAGAUUACGACGAACCGACAACCCUGGAAAACGCCUUCGACGGCGUGGAUACGGUGAUGCUGAUUUCAUAUGCCUCGGUUGAAGUUAAGCAUCGGUUUGAGGUACACAAAACCGCCAUAACUGCAGCCUGCAACAGCUCUGUCGCCCAUAUCUUCUACUCGUCUCUUGCCUUUGGCGGCGACCUCUCAGACACCAGCGCCGCAAGCAUCAUGCGCACGCAUCUUCUCACAGAACAACACCUCUCUACUCUCCUCGCCCAAGGGCCGAUUACAUACACUGCGAUCCGUGAGGGACUGUAUAGCGAGUCCUUCCCGGUUUACACAGCGUGGUUCGAUAUCCAUAAUCCUGCUGGGGAGAUCACGAUCCCGCAUUCUGGGGAUGGGCCCGGGAUCGCGUGGGCGAAGAUUGAUGAUCUUGGUGAGGCCACUGCGAAGAUGAUUGUGUCCUACGUGCAGGAUUCGGGCCGCCACCCGUGGUUGAAUAAGGUGGUGCUGUUAUCGGGGCCGCGGGUGCUGUCAUUGAGGGAGACAGUUGACAUCUUGGGGAGGGUUACAGGGAAGGAUGUGAAUAUCAAGGAGAUUUCUGCGGAUAGGUAUGCGGAGUUGUCUUUCAAGGAGAAGUACUGGUAUCGUGGGGUCAACCUGCUGAAAGAGUAUACGUCGUGCUGGGAGGCUUUCAGACAAGGUGAAGCGGCAGUGGUCUCGCCUUUACUGGGAGAGAUAUUGGGCAGGCAACCGGAGGAUUUCGAGACAACUGUACGAGGGUUGUUGGCCUAG